ACAGGGGCUUUGAUCUCACUUUCCGGACAGCAGAUGAUGCAGGCCUGUCCCUGAUAAAAUACGGAGAAUUUCUGUACGACAACUUGAUCAUCUUCUCACCGUCCAUAGAAGAUUUUGGUGGAAACAUCAACGUGGAGACCAUCACCGCUUUCAUCGAUGGUGGUGGCAGCGUCCUCGUAGCCGCCAGCUCGGACAUUGGCGACCCGCUGCGAGAGCUGGGCAGUGAGUGUGGGAUCGAGUUUGAUGAGGAAAGGACAGCUGUCAUCGACCAUCACAACUAUGACAUAUCUGACCCCGGCCAGCACACGCUCAUCGUGGCGGACACGGAAAAUCUCCUGAAGGCUCCCACCAUCGUGGGGAAGGCGGCGCUGAACCCCAUCCUUUUCCGAGGAGUUGGGAUGGUGGCCGAUCCCGACAACCCGCUGGUGCUGGACAUCCUGACCGGCUCUUCCACCUCUUAUUCCUUCUUCCCAGACAAGCCUAUUACUCAGGCCCGCGUCGUUUUCAGCGGCUCCUUGGAUUUCUUCAGCGAUGCCUUCUUCAAUUCUGCUGUGCAGAAAGCUACUCCCGGCUCCAAGAGGUACUCGCAGACGGGGAAUUACGAGCUGGCCGUCGCCUUGUCCCGCUGGGUGUUCAAGGAGGAGGGAGUGUUGCGCGUCGGAGCCGUGUCCCACCACCGCGUCGGGGAACCGCCUCCCAACGCCUGCACCGUCACCGAUCUCGUGGAGUACAGCAUCGUGAUCGAAAAACUUUCUGACGGCAAAUGGGUCCCCUUCGACGGAGACGAUAUUCAGUUGGAAUUCGUCCGCAUCGAUCCCUUCAUCCGGACCUUCCUCAAGAGGAACGGCGGCAAAUACAGCGUGCGGUUCAAGCUGCCGGACGUCUACGGAGUGUUCCAGUUCAAAGUGGAUUAUAACAGGUUGGGUUACACCCACCUCUACUCCUCCACCCAGGUGUCCGUGCGUCCCCUCCAGCACACGCAGUAUGAACGUUUCAUCCCCUCGGCGUACCCCUACUACGCCGGCGCCUUCUCCAUGAUGGUUGGACUCUUCAUGUUCAGCAUCGUCUUCCUGCACAUGAAGGAGAAGGAGAAAUCCGACUGA